GGAGAGGCUGGUCUGGGAUCCGUGACAUCAUGGCGCUCCUGAGCCUUGACAUUUAUCACGUGAAGGAGGCGCAGCCUCGGAAGACCCCGGCAGAGGAGGAGGGAGACGAGCAGUGUCGCGGAGCAGAGACGGAGCAGCAGGCAGCUCACCAACCCCGCCGGAUACCACACGAGCACAGGGCUUGUAGCACACGCGCUACCGCACGCGUCUGAGCAGGACACCAGCGGUUAUGAUGGGAGAUGAAUACCAGUAUACGCGCAGCCCAGCCUGGGAAGAACUGGAGCCCAAGGGGUCCGCCAGCACGUCGGGGAUCCACCACAACGUUAUGGGUGCCGUUGGGGGAUCAGCGCCAGCGGAUGAGUCCUCAGACAGCGACGGAGAGCAAGAAGGGCCGCAAAAGCUCAUCAGAAAAGUGUCCACCUCGGGGCAGAUCCGCAGCAAGACGAGUGUAAAAGAGGGCCUGCUCCUUAAACAGACCAGCUCGUUCCAGCGCUGGAAGAAACGCUACUUCAAGCUUCGCGGUCGGACACUUUACUACGCCAAGGAUGCCAAGACGGGUGGCGUGCUGGCACGCUGGCAGUACCGGGUCUCGCGUAGCCGCGUGUGUUGGAGAGUGCUGUCCGUGUGUUGGUCCAGCGCCAGACGCCCUCCCCCUGCUAUGGGCGCCAGCGGAUCGGAGGAAGGUUUGGUGGCGAUUCGGUCGCUCAUCUUCGACGAGGUGGACCUCUCUGAUGCCAGCGUCGCAGAGUCAAGCACUAAGAAUGUCAACAACAGCUUCACGGUGAUUACUCCUUUUCGAAGGCUCAUCCUGUGUGCAGAGAACAGGAAGGAGAUGGAAGACUGGAUCAGUUCUUUGAAAUCAGUUCAGUCCAGAGAGCAUUACGAGACGGCACAGUUUAAUGUGGAACAUUUCUCAGGGAUGCACAACUGGUAUGCCUGCUCCCACGCUCGCCCAACCUUCUGCAACGUCUGCCGGGACAGCCUCUCAGGGGUCACCUCACAUGGCCUCUCCUGCGAAGUGUGUAAAUUCAAAGCCCACAAAAGGUGUGCUGUCAGAGCCACUAAUAACUGCAAAUGGACCACGCUGGCAUCUAUUGGGAAGGACAUCAUUGAGGAUGAGGACGGGAUUGCUAUGCCCCACCAGUGGCUGGAAGGCAACCUGCCUGUCAGUGCCAAGUGUGCCGUGUGUGACAAAACCUGUGGCAGCGUGCUGCGUCUGCAGGACUGGCGCUGCCUCUGGUGCAAAGCCAUGGUGCAUAUGGCCUGCAUGGACCUUUUCCCACGCAAGUGUCCUCUGGGCCAGUGCAAAGUGUCCAUCAUCCCCCCCACCGCGCUCAACAGCAUCGACUCCGACGGCUUUUGGAAGGCCACCUGCCCUCCGUCGUGUGCCAGCCCACUCUUAGUGUUUGUCAACUCCAAAAGUGGAGACAACCAAGGAGUGAAGUUCCUGCGUCGCUUCAAACAGCUGCUCAACCCUGCUCAGGUCUUUGACCUCGUCAACGGUGGUCCUCAUUUAGGGCUGCGCUUAUUUCAAAAGUUCGACAAUUUCCGAAUCCUGGUCUGUGGCGGAGAUGGUAGCGUGGGCUGGGUCCUGUCUGAAAUCGAUACGCUCAACCUACACAAACAGUGCCAGCUGGGCGUGCUGCCUCUGGGCACAGGCAACGACCUGGCGCGUGUGCUGGGCUGGGGACCGUCGUGCGACGAUGACGCGCAGCUGCCACAGAUCCUGGCCAAACUGGAGCGAGCCAGCACCAAAAUGCUGGAUAGGUGGAGCAUAAUGACGUACGAGAUUAAAAUCCCUCCCAAGCACAGCUGCCCUGCUACGCCCGAGGAGACAGAGGACUGCCAGUUUCAGAUUACAGAUUAUGAAGAUUCGGUCGCUGCUCAUCUCAGUAAGAUUCUCAACUCAGAUCAGCACUCCGUGGUCAUAUCCUCAGCAAAAAUCCUCUGUGAAACAGUGAAGGACUUUGUGGCCAAAGUGGGGAAGUCCUACGAGAAGACGCUGGAGAACAGUGAGGAGGCUGAGAGCAUGGCUCAGAAGUGUGCCGUCCUGAACGAGAAGCUGGACUCACUCCUGCAGACGCUGAACGCCGAGGCCCGUGCAGCCAGGCCUCCUGCUCUCACUACUCCGCCCAUCGUGGAGGAGGAGCUGAGCGAGGAGGAGGAGCUGAGCGAGGAGUCCCUGACAGAGUUGAAGGAGAAGCUGGAACAGAGCGCCACGGAGAAGGAGGCGCGGUGCGACCUCCUCCGGCCGCGGGAGCAGCUGGUGCUCCGCGCCAACAGCCUGAAGAAGGCCGUGCGGCAGAUCAUUGAGCAGGCGGAGAAAAUGGUGGAUGAACAGAACGCCCACACGGAUGAGCAGGAGCUGCAGGCGCCGGGCGAGUUCAAAAAGGACAUGGAAGACGAAAACAGGGAGAGUGAGAAGGAUGAGGACACGAAGGAGCUGGAGGCUCUGCCCGUGGCAAAAUCGCCCUGCUCGCCUGCGGAGAGUCGAGUGAGUCGCAGCACACAGUCCUGCGGCUCCUUCUCCAUCCCUCCCUUCACCGCGAGCAAGGAAAACCUGCCUGUCCUGAACACUCGUAUUAUCUGCCCAGGUUUGCGGGCAGGCCUCGCCGCCUCCAUCGCCGGGAGCUCCAUCAUCAGUAAGAUGCUGCUGGCCAACAUCGACCCUUUUGGAGCCACGCCCUUCAUUGACCCGGACCUGGACUUGCUAGACGGGUAUCUGGAGAAGUGCGUGAUGAACAACUACUUUGGGAUCGGUUUGGACGCCAAGAUCUCACUAGAGUUCAAUAACAAGCGUGAAGAGCAUCCAGAGAAGUGCCGGAGUCGCACCAAGAACAUGAUGUGGUACGGAGUCUUGGGCACCAAGGAGCUUCUGCAGAGAACCUACAAGAACCUGGAGCAAAAAGUACAGUUAGAGUGUGACGGACAGUACAUCCCACUGCCCAGUCUGCAGGGAAUCGCCGUGCUGAACAUUCCCAGCUACGCUGGAGGGACCAAUUUCUGGGGCGGGACCAAAGAGGAUGAUAUAUUUUGUGCUCCAUCGUUUGAUGAUAAAAUCUUGGAGGUGGUGGCUGUGUUUGGGAGUAUGCAGAUGGCAGUGUCCAGAGUGAUCAAACUCCAGCAUCACCGCAUAGCGCAGUGUCGCACAGUGAAGAUCACUAUUCUGGGAGACGAAGGGGUGCCUGUCCAGGUGGAUGGAGAGGCUUGGAUUCAGCCGCCCGGGGUUAUCAAAAUCCAGCACAAGAACCGGGCCCAGAUGCUGACCAGAGACAGGGCCUUCGAGAACACGCUGAAGUCGUGGGAGGACAAGCUGAAGUACGACAAGCCUCCGCUGCGCCCACACCUCUACCCACAGCACUCCGUGGACCUGGCCACCGAGGAGGAGGCCAGCCUGGUGCAGACAUGCGCCCGCGCUGCCGACCAACUCAUCACACAUAUCUGUGAGGCGGCCAAGACCAACGGGCUGCUGGAGCAGGAGCUCGCACACGCCGUCAACGCCGCGUCACAUGCCAUCAACAAAACUCACCCCAAGUUCCCCGAGAGUCUGACCAGAAACACAGCCAUCGAGGUGGCCAGCACGGUGAAGGCUCUGCACAACGAGACUGAAUCAUUACUUGUCGGGCGAGUGUCUUUGCAGCUGGAUCCGCCCGAGGAGGAGCUGCUGUCCAGCUCCCUGCAGAGUGUGGAGCUGGAGCUGGGCAAGCUGGUGGAGGUACCCUGGCUCUACCACAUCCUGCAGCCCAACGAUGAGGAGGACCACUCACUGGAGUAUGGCAAGAGGAACAGUCGCAGUGGCGUAUUCCGCAUUGUGCCAAAGUUCAAGAAGGAGAAAGCCCUGAAGAAGCCCAGCCCACAGUCCGUUCAGAGGUGGGGCACUGAGGAGGUGGGUGCCUGGCUGGAGCAGCUCAGCUUGGGGGAGUACAAAGACACCUUCAUCCGGCAUGACAUCCGCGGCUCUGAGCUCCUACACCUGGAGAGGAGGGACCUGAAGGAUCUGGGGAUCUCGAAGGUGGGUCAUAUGAAGAGAAUCCUGCAGGGAACUAAGGAACUGGCCAAGAGCGCCCUGAUGGACUUGUGAGGGCCGAGCGCUCGCUUCCGUCACCUGAGGUGGACAGUGUUUGCAGCACCACUGUCCAGACGAGCUCCGUAUCCAGGGGCUACUCCCCCUGAAUGUCAUGGUUUCAAACGAGUGCUGGUGCCAAAAUAGACGUAGAGUUAGAACAUUCCAUGUGGCUGUAGAUUAAUAGGGGGAAGCAAAAGCCAUUUUUUACUGCAUUGAUGGCACAAUCAGGUAUGCAACUCUCACUGUAGAGGCAACUUCUGGCAUCUUUACAAGAGUCAAGUAGCAAAACAGGACUUCCAUGAAGUGUUCACUGUGGGUGAAGUGAGGCCUUUUAAGAGCUUGCUGGCCCUUCGCUUUGCGGUGGGUGGCCACAGCAGGACGGGGACGGGAUGUCUCAGCAAUAUUCCUCUUUCGACAGCACUGUUUACAUUUUGAAGAGACAGCAAAAUGACUGCUGUGGCCUUGCAGUCUGACGGCCAUCGCUGCAAACCGGCCCUGCAGUCCAGGAAAACAUUCGCAGUGACAUUCUGAUGCAUGGUAUUUAUGCUUGAUUUGGAUGUCUACGUCACUGCAUGAUUAGUGUCAUGUUUUUAUUGUACAAACUACCACUUGAACAAGUUUUCUAUGACUUUAGUAUGAUACUACUGAAGUGUCCCUGUGGUCUUGUUAGACUGCUGCUUUCUUUCUAUUUAUUUCUUCGCAUGAAAUCUGUUUCAAAGAGCAAAAUGUUGUGCCAUAUUUAUUGUAAAAUAUGCUUUAUUGAUAGCAAGGUUAUAUAUGAUUAGCACAUAAAGUAAGACAAUAUAUCAGUUCAAGAAAACAGUACCAAAGCAAAUGUGCCCAAUUUAUUGUCCUUUUGAAAGUUUCCAUCUAGAGGUUCCCCAAAUUUAAUAACACAUAGUAAUUAUAAGUAUCACUUUCCCAAAAUUCAGUAACAUCAUUUUAAGCAUCAACUAUUAGUGUGGUAAUUGUUAGAUCAAUGCAAUAUAGUCACUUCUCAUAUCAGCUCUAAAUGUACAUUAAUUAUUUAACUAUUUUUGCUUGGACUAGGACGCUUCUUUUAAUCCUAAAACUGUGCAGUUGAUCUGCAUCUUUGCAUAAGUUUCUCAUGAUUGUUGCUCCUUGAAUUGCAUUUAGGGUUAAAUUUGACUUUGAUAGGAUACCCAGAACUCUGUUUUAAGCUGAUGGCAUUACAGGGUAUACUAGUGUAGGUGAAGUUUGGUUAGUUAAUAUAUGCACUGUAAAUAUAUCUGACAGUCUAUACUGUUCAAUCCAACUGUAAGGAAAAGGUUUGUAUAGAUUAAUACUAACAUCAUAUAUUGAUCUUACAAUUUUGAUUGUGAAUAGUGCACCACAAUACCGAUGUGAAUUGUUUAGUAACUGCCUUUAUAUGUUAAGUGCUGUUGUAUUAUAUUGAGGGUGCAAUAUUGUAUUUAUUUUGAUACAUUUACUUCUCUAUGAAGCUUUAUUAUGCCAUUUUUAAAAACAACAACAACAAAAAACCCCAAAACAGUGCAUGCUUGACUUUGAGAUUAGGUGGCUUGUGGACAGACCGACCAUGCCAUAUUCUCUCCAAAUUCAUAAAAUCUUCCUUGAGAAAAUCUUUGGUUUAUCUACUAAACUGUGCUUCCAGAACAAUUUGCAAGACAACUGGAUGUUCUCUUCUGAACCAGCAGAACUGCCUGCUGUGCCUCUUCUAUGUCCUUUAUAACGGAGACGUUUCACCCAUUUAGCUUUAAUCAGGUCCCGUAAUUCACAGGUCACCUCCGCACUCAGUGUGCUUAUAGGUGUCUCUGUGAAUUGGUCAUGUCCUACUCUCCCUCUAGAGGGUGGCAAACCACACCUUCAUUUCUGAUGAGUGACAAAGUGGCUUUGGUGAAGUUCGGUGAUUCACAACCAAAAACACAGCCAGACGCUCUGAGUGUUUAUUCUGUUGCACCUGCAUGUAACCUCAAUUACAUAAAGAAUUUAUUAAAGGGAACAAAAUUGAGGUAAAGGCAACUGCCACCAGAUUACAAAGGGCGUGCACAUGCCCUACAGUAUACAUGCCCAUAGUAUACAUGCAAAUGGGUUUUGCAUUCCAAAUUGCUUGUACAUUUGUCAGGGUUCCUUUGCUGCUUUGACCAUGAAGGAGCCUGAUGCGUUUAGGGCAACGAACGCUAGUCUGUAGUGAGUGGCCUGCAGGAAAGCAGCCACUGACCUUGUUUGAGAGGAAGGAACCACCAUUUCUCAUGUUCACAAGCUUAUUUUCAGACAUUAUGAAAAUUCUUUCUAACAUAUUUGUUUACUGCCAUUCAAAACUUAACAUGGUGUUCUUUUUAUGCAUCUUAUUUUCACUUUACAUAACUAUGCAUUGCAUUGGAAAGAAGUCAGAUUAUUUUCCCCUAAUGAGUCAUUGCCAAAGAUAUACAUACAUUGUUAACAAGAUGUAGUGCCAUACAUGUCAACCUUUAGAGAUGUAAAGAGAAUUGUUUGAUUUGGUUUCAUGAUUACUUAUGUAUAUAACAUUUCCAAGAUAUUAGGGACACACAACCCUGCAGAUAAGAUUUGCCCUCGGCAUAGUUUCCAUUUAUAAGCUGUAGCAGGUUGUUUGACCUCCAAACACUGGUGCCUCCUUGUGGUAUUAUUUGCUGUCAUUUCAUUUCAUUCAGAUGGCCAGUGCAGUCUUCCGCUCACGUUGCAGGGACUCCGUCUCCGCACAUUCCGUGUGUGUCUCUGAAUGAGUUUCCCAGAACAUAAGUGGUCUCAUAAGACUGCUCACUACACAUGGUGUACAUAAAGCUGUAUACUGCCUGAUUUUUUCAAACCAAUUCACAAGAGAAAUUUGUAGGAUUGCAUAUCUGACAUGAUCCUGUUAAGAGAAGUGAGAUGUGAGUUUUAUUUGUUUACAUUGUGUUUACAAUGGCACAGUUUAAUUUUUAAAACUUUGUGCAUAGCUAUAUACAGCCUUUACAUAUUUAUUAAGGUUAAACAACUGAUGUAUAUGUGUUCUCCCUU